CCGUUCUUUUUUGUUUUUUCGUCAGCGAACGAUUUCUGAUCUUUUUGAUGUGGAUCAUGUUUUAAAUGAUUGAAAUUAAAUUAAAAUAAAUAAUUUUGCCACGUUACUUUUAAAACAUUUGUGCUAAAGAAAAAUCGUAGAUCAAUCAACAUGGCCCCAGCUGUCAAAAAAGAAAAAGUCAAGAAACCCAAGGUCAAACGUACCCCUAUCCAAUGCGUCCAAGUUUUCGGCAGGAAGAAAACCGCCACUGCAGUUGCUUACUGCAAAAGAGGAAACGGUAAUUUACGUGUGAACGGCAGACCUUUGGAAAUGAUUGAACCUAAAAUGUUGCAAUACAAACUGCAAGAACCGAUCCUUCUUUUGGGUAAAGAAAAAUUCGCUGGCGUUGAUAUGAGGAUCCGUGUAAACGGUGGUGGUCACGUUGCUCAAAUCUAUGCCAUCAGACAGGCUAUUUCGAAAGCUCUUGUAGCAUAUUAUCAGAAAUACGUUGACGAAGCUAGCAAGAAAGAAAUUAAAGACGUAUUGAUUCAAUAUGACAGAACUCUAUUAGUCGCCGAUCCUAGACGCUGCGAAUCCAAAAAGUUCGGUGGUCCAGGUGCCAGAGCAAGAUACCAGAAAUCUUAUCGUUGAUAUUCAUUUUAUAUUAUUUUCAAUAAAUAUUGAAACAAUUUAU